UUUAUGAGUCGUAAUAUGAUCAACGAGCCCUCCUACGUAACAUUAACGGUAAAAUCUUAUCUGCUUUAGUAAAUUACCAAGUCACAUAACGUCGGUCAUUUAGUAGGAUGUAUCGGAGUGCACGGUUCGCAACAAAUUGUCUAUGAGGCACUCGUGAUUAGUCAUUUUUCAGUUUUAUGGUGAGAAUGAGUGUUCAUCAAGAUAAAAACUUUGAUGACACGUUUCAUUUAGAGAGUGUGAAUAUGAAUAAUCUUAAAAUAAAAAAUGGAAGUGCAGUUUGCGUAAAUGAAACGGAAAGUUAUCGUCGUAAUAGCAUGACGCGGAGUAAAAAUUCGACAGAAUUUCUUGUCAAACAUCGCGAUCGUGUUUAUAAUAUUCGUAAUUUUUUGAGUUAUCAUCCUGGGGGAAAAAACACACUUGUACAUUUCAAAGAUCAAAUUUUGGAUGGAGAAUUGGCAAAGCAUCCUCAUUCUAAAUCUGCCUAUUAUCUUCUUGAGGAGUUUGCAGUGCAACGUCAAGAAAGAUAUAACGAGUGCGAAGAUUUGAUAAAUUGGGAUGCGCCGAUUUUACGACAAGUAGGACUUAUAGGUGGUCGAUAUUGGGAAUGGGUAAACCUGCCGGUAAACCGACCCAUCCGAUUUUUCCAAUCAGAUAUCUUAGAAAUGUUAUCGAUGACGCCAUGGUAUAUUUUGCCCAUCGUUUGGAUUCCCAUAAUCAUAUAUUUCUUACAUACGGGAUACGUUUUAAAUACUUCGACAAAUAUUGUAAUUGCGUUGCAAAGGAUUUCAUCAUCAUUCGUUUUGGGAAUACUUAUUUGGACUGUUAUGGAAUAUUUUGUGCAUCGGAAGGUAUUUCAUCUUAAACCACCGCAUAACUCAAGAUUAUUAAUUACUUUGCAUUUCUUAUUUCAUGGGAAUCAUCACAAGGCACCACUGGAUCAAAGAAGACUGGUAUUUCCACCGACAUUCAGUGUGUUUGUUGCAACAAUUGUUUGGCAAAUUUAUAAGGCCAUAUUUCCUUUAACAAUAGUUUAUCUUGUCGGCGCUGGUACCAUAACAGGCUAUUUAUGUUAUGAUUUAAUACACUAUUAUUUGCACAAUGGAGCACCAAAAGAUGGAUCGUAUCUCUAUACGAUGAAAAGAAGACACAACUAUCAUCAUUUUGUGCAUCAUAAUCAAGGAUUUGGGGUUACUAGUGAAUUGUGGGAUCGAUUACUCAAAACGGAUCUAACUCUACGGAAAUUAAGUGAACCUUUAAAAUGGUGAAGUGAUAGCAAAGAACAUACGAUAACGUUCAUAUUUAUUAACAAUGUUUUUUUCUAACAUUUUUAUCGCAUAAAUAAUGAUUAUUGAUAUAAUCACAACUGCACUUGUAAUAAGUAAAGAUUAUUUUUUAAAAUAAUUGCGUAUAAUUCUAUAUAAGUUUAACCAUAGUUUCAGCUCUAUAGAGCAACUUAAGUACAUAAGUUUAGAGAGACUCAUUAGUUAAGUAAAUGCUGUAAACUUAAAUUUAUCAGUUAAAUAAAUGCUAUCAGCUUUGCACCAUCAAAGCUGUUAAUGUUUUAAGUA